AUGGAUCGUCCAGAAGUGGUCGUGUUAGCGUCGAAGUAUUCUGCGACUACUGGACCAUUAUCAAAUGCAUCUUAUCCAACUGAUAUUCCUGGUAUUGAUCAAUUUCAAGGUCAAAUGUGUCAUACAGCUGAAUGGGAUAAAACAAUAGAUUUUAAAAAUAAACGUGUAGCUGUUGUUGGUACAGGAGCAAGUGCUAUUCAAGUCGUUCCAGAAAUUCAACAGAUGAAUGUAUCAGAAUUGUUUGUUUUUCAACGAACACCACCAUGGAUUAUACCUCGAGAUGAUCGACGUAUAAGUGAUUUCGAAAAACGUCUAUUAACAUAUUUUCCAAUUAUUCAAAAAUUAAUUCGACGAUGUCUUUAUUGGUCACGUGAAGCUUUAGUACUUUCAUUUGGUUAUCGUUGGCCAACUCGUUAUGUUAAUCAAGAAUUAGUUAUGAGUAAUCUUAAUAGAGAAAUAAAAGAUAUAGAAUUAAGAAGAAAAGUUACGCCGCCAUGGGAUUUAGGAUGUAAACGUGUUUUAAUAAGUAGUGAUUGGUAUCCAACAUUACAAAAACCAAAUGUAAAACUUGUAACAAAUCGUAUACGAGAAAUUAAAUCACAUUCAAUUAUUUCUCAAAAUGGAGAUGAAUAUCCAGUUGAUAUUAUUAUUUGGUCAACGGGAUUUCAAACACAAAAAUUUGCAUUACCCAUUUAUGGGAUUAAUGGUUGUUCAUUAGAUGAACAAUGGUCUGAAACCAUGAAGGCAUAUCGUGGUAUAACUGUACCUAACUUUCCAAAUUUGUUUAUUCUUCUUGGACCUAAUUCUCGUCUUGGUCAUUCAUCUGUAAUAAUCAUGCUUGAAGCUCAAUUAAAAUAUAUAGUCGAAACUCUUCUUUACAUCGAUAAAAAUAAUUUACGAUCUUUUUCAAUAAAACAAAAUGUAUAUGAUGCAUAUAAUCAAUGGAUACAAUCGAAAUUAAAUAAGACAGUAUGGCAUUUAGGUGGUUGUCAUUCAUGGUAUCAAAAUGCAAAAGGUACUGUUACAACAAUAUGGCCAGAUUUUACAUGGAUUUAUCAUUUAUUAAUGAAAAAAUUUGAUUAUCAAAAUUAUAUUUUAGAAAAAUAA